CUUCAAAUUCUUCUUUUCUAAAACCUUGGUUUCAAAUUUUUUCAUAAGAAAUCACGGAAGAUGAAGGGAUGGAUCUUGUUUACGGCCAUUGUGAUGGCCACUGUUGCUCUAUCAGUUGGACAUCCUCAAGGACCACGUCCGUUCGGAUGGAGCAAUUUUUUAAAUUUUCUUCAAUGGCCACGACCAACUGCAGCCACCACGGCUGCGCCCAAAACCAUGGCACCGACAACUAACGCACCCACAACUAAAGCACCGACGACUCUUGCACCCACGACACUAGCAUCUACAACUGUUAAUGGCAACAAUAACAGCGGAGACAACAAUGGUACAAAUGGCGACAAUGACGGUGCAAAUGGCGACAAUGACGGUGCAAAUGCCGACAAUGACGGUGCAAAUGGCGACAAUGACGGUGCAAAUGGCGACAAUGACGGUGCAAAUGGCGACAAUGAAGGUGCAAAUGGCGACAAUGACGGUGCAAAUGGCGAUAAUGACGGUGCAAAUGGCGACAAUGUCGGUGCAAAUGGCGACAAUGACGGUGCAAAUGGCGACAACGAUGGUGCCAACGGUAACAACGAUGGUGCCAACGGUAACAACGAUGGUGCUAACGGUAACAACGAUGGUGCUAAUGGCGACAACGAUGGUGCUAAUGGGGACAACAACGGUGCUUCAACAGCCGCAAUGACUUCGUCAACCUGAAUCAUUUUCAAAUUAAGCAAAUAAGUAUUAUGCAAAAUAGUUGAAACAUGUAAUGUUUUUAUUUUCACGUGGCCUUGACAUUCCUAGCAACGUCUUAGAACUCUAAAUACAAUAUGUCUACGAAAAAGCA